CCAGGAGCUGGGCUGGGAUGAUCCCUGUGGAUCACUGAAACCAUGACUUAAGAAAACACAACCGUCCUUGUCCCUCUGCUGCCUGCCAGCCUGGCCCUGUGCAGGUGGAGCUCUCCAGACUGGGACAACACAAAGCACAGAAUCACAAACUGGAGGAUAAAACUCCCCAAAGGACUUUAAUCAGUUGUAAUCCCCAUCCUCUGCCUUAACAUGGAAUGAAAAAAACCAUACCCCCACCCCCCCCACACUUAUUGAUAAAGUAAUCUAAAAAUAGAGUUAACUUUUCUAGAGUCCUGAAAGCUUUCCUAAUUGUUGGAAAAUUCAGUGCUGAACUCCAAUCUACUUUUAUUUUUCCCUCAGCCUCCAAAGAGAUCAAUUUUACCUGUCAGUUAUUAGUCACAUUUUAAACGUUUCCCAGCAAUAUAUUUCAAAGAAAAAGAAAUGUUUACACUUAACUACAGUGUAGCUUUCUCCCUUUUAUUUUUUUUCCUCCCCUUUGUUUAAGGACCUUUACUAUUCCAAAUAGUCUUAAGGCUAAAGCCCUGGACUGGAUGCCAGGAGAUGGAGGUUUGAUUCCCAGCUCAGCUACAGAUUUACUAAGUGACCUCGGCCAAGUUAAUUCUACUGCAUCUUAAUUCUCCUCUUCUCUCAAACAUGGAUAAUACUCUCUUCUCCCAUCUUCCUGCCUCGUCCACUGAGACCCUGAGGCACUUCAAACUCCCAGAAAAAGGGCCCUGGGAGCUGAAACUCAUCCUUUUCCUGCAUGUCCAGUACAUACCAUGAGGCAGCAGGGCAGGAGUUCACAUCCAGACUGUCAAACACUGCACGUAAAAUUGAGUCUGUAAUCCUCUAAGCACACAAAUACCUUAUCACUUCAGCUUCAGAAGGCAAGGGAGCAACUCUUGUGGAGGAAAGACUUUCCAUUCCUAAGACUGACCUUCUAUCCAGUUUCCAAGCCUGUCUGUCAGGGAUCAACUCCUAAGCAGAAUUUAUUUAUGACCUUCAGCGCGAAUUGAUGUCAGGGCAACCACAGUUACAAACACACCUUUAGACAUUAAACAUCCUUUGGAAAUCGAUUCCCACUGCAGUAUUUCCUUGAGCCUGUGAACAAGAGCAGCCAACCCAAACUUAUUUCACGUGGAUACACACCUGAAUCCAGCAGCAAAAGAGUUGCUGGAACUGGGAAUGUCCCCUGCACAGAGGCAGGAAAUGGGGCACAGCCAAAGCUUUCCAUGGACGCUUGGGAAGCUGCAAGCACAGGGAAUGGGAGAGGAAAACCUGCUCCUAACAGCACCGGGGCAGAACCCAGCCUCAAGCCUCAGGUGGCAAUGUGUGGUUCUGUUGCAGACAUGGCAGAGCCCAUCCAGCAGCUGACCAGGAAUAACAACCCUCAGGAGAGACAGAGCAUCCCCUUCACCCUGAUCCAGCGCAAGGAGAAGCUGGGAGAUCUGCUCUAUGAGAAAAGGCAGUAUGGGAAAGCCAAGUGGGCUUGUAUAAAGAUGAAAGAGAAGCAGUACGAACAGAGCAUCUGCCUGGGGUUCAUGAAGCUCAUGAGGUACAUCUGUGAGCAGAACUCCUCAGGGCUGUACCUGGGGAUCACGGUCCCCAUCGUGACCAUCGUGCACACCAACGAGGCGCUGUCGGCGAUGACACAGGCGGUGACAGUGGCCUAUUACCUGCCCGAGGUGCUGCAGGACGAGCCCCCACACCCCUUCGACUCCGACAUCAUCAUCGAGGAGUGGCCUGCCACCAUUGUCUACAGCAGGAGCUUCCGAGGGAUCACCAACGAAGACUCGAUCAUGAGAGAGAUCAACCUGCUGGCAGCCAUCCUGGAGAGCCCCGAGCUGUGCCUGCGGGACACGUUCAUCAUCGCCGGCUACACCAACCCGGCCGCCGCCAACCGCCACAACGAGAUCUGGUUCCUGCAGCGGCCCUGAGCUCCUGCAGCGGCCCUGAGCUCCUGCAGCGGCCCUGAGCUCCUGCUGCUGCCCCGCCGAGCUCCUGCUGCUGCCCCGCCGAGCUCCUGCUGCUGCCCCGCCGAGCUCCUGCUGCGGCCCUGAGCUCCUGCAGCGGCCCUGAGCUCCUGCUGCCGCCCCGCCGAGCUCCUGCUGCCGCCCCGCCGAGCUCCUGCUGCCGCCCCGCCGAGCUCCUGCCGCGGCCCCGAGCUCCUGCUGCCGCCCCGCCGAGCUCCUGCUGCGGCCCCGCCGAGCUCCUGCUGCCGCCCCGCCGAGCCCCUGCUGCCGCCCCGCCGAGCCUCCUCCCCGCCGCCUCCCCGGGGAGCCGGCGCAGCCCUGUCCCCCCUCCCAGCUCAGCAAAGGGGCUCUCAGCUGGCUGAGGGAGAACCGGCCCAGCCCAGCCCCAGCCCGAGGUCACGCCCCACACACAGAUCCCUACGGCAACUCUGACAGCUUUUACACAAAUUUAAUGGAGGGUUUGAGCACUUUAAAAGUUAGUUCAUCUUAUCCUUUUAUUUUUUUUACAAGGUAAGGGAGGCAGAGACCUCUCCCUUCAUCCAUUUUUUGGCAUCCCUAGCCUGCUUGUGGCUCAGGAUGGUCCCUGGGGACAUCCUGGAGCGCUAGCCUGCUCUGGUGCUGCACAAAGACCCCGCUGGGGCUUUUAGUGGGACAUACCAAACCCACCCCACACAGGCAGAGAAAGAAUGUCCAGGUCUUAGUUCCUGAAGAGAACUACCAGAUCUAUCCCAUUGGGAUUAAAGCACGGAGCAAGAACAGGCCAGUGCUGACAGCUGUGGCACAGAGAGCCCCAGUGCUUACCUCAGAAAGCUCCCAACCAAAGCACCCCGAGUCUGGAGAAGAGACCAAAAAGGCACCACAGCCCCACUGCUCGUUCAAGUGUUGACAGCAAAAUUACGGGUUACCUUCACCACACCCCCCAGGAACCCCAUGACUGCCUCUGGCUUUCCUAAGGACACACUGGUUACUUUUAACUCCAGCUUUCUGAACAGUUUAUCCUCACAGCUCUGCUGGAUGUUGAAACACUGCAGCUGGAGUAAACUGUUCAGAACUUCUGACGCUGCUCUGGCAGCCCCACGCUAUUAAUGGGAUAAACGACACAAAUACAGAGAAAAUCCCAGCCAGGAGUGACCUCGGGCAGCCACCUCUGCUGAGGGCAGGGCCAGGCAGAGCUGGCUGCUCCAGGCACCACAGCCAGGCUGGAGCAUCCCCAGGGAUGGGAGCCCACAGCCCCUCUGGGCCCUGUCCCAGUGUCUGACCACCCUCACUGUGAGAGUUUCUUCUUCUUCUAUCAAUCUGUUGUUUGUUUUGCCCCUCACCCCUAUGAUAACCCUUCAGCUGCCAGCCUGGCUCGCUGCAGAGGCUGAGCUCCCACAUUGCAGAGCCCCCAGAAGGUCUGGGAGCAGCAUUCCCGCUGCUCCACAGAGCCCAAAAGCACCUACUGCACUUUAGAAUCAGGGUAGCAAACAAUUCUGCUCUCCAAAAUCCCUCCCUAAUGUCUCCCCUUACUGAUAAGAGGGUAGAGCUUAUUCUUGAUAGAAGUGAAUGUCUUUUUAUAUAAAAUUCACUGAGUACAUCACCAGCAUUAUUUAUUGAUUACAGGAUUUAGGGUUUCAACAGAGCUUCUGUGCUCUUUAAUUACAACACAGACCAGCAAGCAGAGCCAGUGGCUGCUAACUCACAGCAGGGUGAAAAAAUAACUCCAGAAAUGGAUUUGUGGAGGGCUUCUGAAAGAACCUGAAGCCUCCUGGUCCCACAGGGCUCUGUGCUCAAUCCAAAACCUCUCCCUGAGCAGCAGGAUCACAGUGGUCCUGGUUUAAGUGGGACCAAGGUGCCCUCUGGUGCCUGCUGGGCAUGGAGAUUCCUUGGGAAGCAGCAAGGAGAGGGGAAAAAGGAAAUAGAAAAUAAGAGAGAGACACAAAAACCUUCGUUUUAACACAAACCACGAAUCUUUAUGGGCAGGGAAAAAAACCCACCCAAAUCAACUAAAAUGCAAUACAGUGUCACCGCCUGGGAAAAGGAAAAUUAAAAAUGCCAGCCAGCAUUAAACUAAAAGCUCUUAAAUAGAGAAAAACAGUAAAAAUAUUCUAAAACCUGAGGUGAAUAGAGGGCCCAAGGAGGCAUUAAAUAAAAGGUUUUGUUCUCAUAUCCUCCCCCAGAUUUUUAUAAGAGCAAACAAAAGUAAUUUUCACCUUUGACAAGAUUUUAUGGCAAAUUAAAGACGUUUCUGCCAUCUGAUUGCUUUUGCCAGUUAGAGAAAUUCUCGUAAUGCUUUGGCACAACAGACGUUGGAUAGCUCCUGCAAGCAGUGAAAUCCUCACCACAGAGCACCAGCUUGUCCAUCACUUCCAUUUUGGCCCUCUCCUGCAAAAGCAUUGCUGUGUCUCACGUCCCUGUCCAUAGGCAGCCCGACCCUCCUGAGACUCAGCUCGCCGUGGGGGACGUUCCAGAGACGUCCCUGAAGCACGAGCAGAGCUCUCUGAGUGUGCUGAUAGCCACCCACAGCCCGCUGCUCCCUGCUGUUCAUGGCAAACUGUGAAUUCCAACAUAGCUUUUGUUUCUUUUGACUCCUGUUAGAUGGCUUCUGCUGCUGAGACAAAAACUACUUCAGCUCCAGUUUGGAGAUACACUUCAUGGCUUGGUACCAACAGCUGUCACUGGCCCUCACCAGCACAGGGACCACCAGCUCCAGUGUUUAGCUGACACUCAAUACAGUUUAUUUGGUUGUAACACCAGUGAAUGCCAAGCAAACACCACUCUUACUCAGAUCUGAGAACAUCAUGUCAAGCAGGAUGACCUAGAACAGGUAUUUUGUUAUCCAUCCGUAGCUCUGCUUUGGGAGCCACUCAUGGAUUUUCAGUUUUGAUGGGAAGUUAUUAGGCUUCCACUCAUGAAAGGAGGUAAUAAAACAGCAUUCACCCCUGUUUUUGGAAGAUUAAAUGAUGUAGCCUUAACAGGUAAGUGUUAUCCUGCAUACUGUGUAUUUUCCAAACAAGAGUUAGUGCCUAAAAAGUUUAUUCCAGCUAUUGUGAUACUCAGGGCCUUGCUUAUUGUAUGUAAAGACAUCUCAACAGAGCUCCUCUGGCAUUGUUGCGCUGUGCUGUUUGAUGCUGUCCUUCGUUCUCACUGAAACGUUGUCUUGUUUACUGGUACUGUUUGUCACAAUUAAAGAGAAUGAUUCUACUGUG